GAGGACAGGCAUGGCAAGGUGGGGAGGCUCCCGCCUUCGCAGCUGGCUGGCUGUGCUCUCCCUGCUCCCCUCGCUGAGCCUGGCGCAGUACGAGAGCUGGCCCUACUACCCUGAGUACUUCCAGCAGCCGGCUCCUGAGUACCACAGGCCUCAGGUGCCCUCCGACGUCGCCAAGAUCCAGCUGCGCCUGGCGGGGCAGAAGAGGAAGCACAGCGAGGGGCGGGUGGAGGUGUACUACCAAGGCCAGUGGGGCACCGUGUGCGAUGAUGACUUCUCCAUCCACGCAGCCCACGUCGUCUGCCGGGAGCUGGGAUACGUGGAGGCCAAGUCCUGGGCGCCUAGCUCCUCUUACGGCAAGGGGGAAGGGCCCAUCUGGUUGGACAAUAUCCACUGCACUGGCAAAGAGGCGACCCUUGCAGCCUGCUCCUCCAACGGCUGGGGUGUCACCGACUGCAAGCACACAGAAGACGUGGGUGUGGUGUGCAGCGAGAAAAGGAUUCCUGGGUUCAAGUUCGACAAUUCACUGAUCAACCACAUAGAGAACCUGAACAUCCAGGUGGAGGACAUCCGGAUCCGAGCCAUCCUGUCCACCUACCGCAAGCGCACCCCCGUGACGGAGGGCUACGUGGAGGUGAAGGACGGCAAGGCCUGGAAGCAGAUCUGUGACAAGCACUGGACGGCCAAGAACUCCCGUGUGGUCUGUGGCAUGUUUGGCUUCCCUGGGGAGAAGACGUACAACACCAAGGUGUACAAAAUCUUUGCCACCCGGAAGAAGCAGCGCUACUGGCGGUUCUCCAUGGACUGCACUGGCACGGAGGCCCACAUCUCCAGCUGCAGUCUGGGCGCGCAGCUGACGCGGGACUCUGUGAAGAACGUCACCUGUGAGAAUGGGCUGCCUGCUGUGGUGAGUUGUGUGCCUGGCCAGGUCUUCAGCCCCGAUGGACCUUCAAGAUUCCGGAAAGCCUACAAGCCAGAGCAGCCCCUGGUGCGGUUGAGAGGUGGUGCCAACAUUGGGGAGGGCCGCGUGGAGGUGCUCAAGAACGGUGAAUGGGGUACCAUCUGCGAUGACAAGUGGGACCUGGUGUCUGCCAGCGUGGUCUGCAGAGAGCUGGGUUUUGGGAGUGCCAAAGAGGCCCUCACCGGCUCCCGGCUGGGGCAAGGGAUAGGACCCAUCCAUCUCAAUGAAAUCGAGUGCACUGGGAAUGAGAAGUCCCUCAUAGACUGCAAAUUCAACGCCGAGUCCCAGGGCUGCAACCACGAGGAGGAUGCAGCUGUGAGAUGCAACAUCCCUGCCAUGGGCUUCCAGAAGAAGCUGCGCCUGAACGGGGGCCGGAAUCCCUACGAGGGCCGGGUGGAGGUGCUGGUGGCGAGGAAUGGGUCCCUCGUGUGGGGGACGGUGUGUGGCGAGAACUGGGGCAUUGUGGAGGCCAUGGUGGUCUGCCGGCAGCUGGGCCUGGGGUUCGCCAGCAACGCCUUCCAGGAGACCUGGUAUUGGCACGAAAACAUCAAUGCCAACCAAGUGGUCAUGAGUGGAGUGAAGUGCUCGGGAACGGAGCUGUCCCUCGUGCACUGCCGCCACGACGAGGACGUGGCCUGCCCCCAGGGUGGAAUGCAAUAUGGGGCCGGAGUCGCCUGCUCAGAAACCGCCCCUGACCUGGUCCUCAACGCGGAGAUUGUCCAGCAGAGCACCUACCUGGAGGACCGGCCCAUGUUCAUGCUCCAGUGCGCCAUGGAGGAGAGCUGCCUCUCGGCCUCGGCUGCCCAGACCAACCCCACCACAGGCUACCGGCGGCUGCUGCGCUUCUCCUCCCAGAUCCACAACAAUGGCCAGUCCGACUUCCGGCCCAAGAACGGCCGCCAUGCGUGGAUCUGGCAUGACUGCCACAGGCACUACCACAGCAUGGAAGUGUUCACCCACUACGAUCUCUUGAACCUCAAUGGCACCAAGGUGGCAGAGGGCCACAAAGCCAGCUUCUGCUUGGAGGACACAGAAUGUGAAGGAGACAUCCAGAAGAGUUACGAGUGUGCCAACUUCGGCGAGCAGGGGAUCACCAUGGGCUGCUGGGAUGUGUACCGCCAUGACAUCGACUGCCAGUGGGUGGACAUCACCGACGUGCCUCCUGGAGACUACCUGUUUCAGGUUGUCAUUAACCCCAACUAUGAGGUGGCAGAGUCUGACUACACCAACAACAUCAUGAAGUGCAGGACCCGCUAUGACGGCCACCGCAUCUGGAUGUACAACUGCCACAUAGGUGGUUCCUUCAGUGAAGAGACAGAAAAGAAGUUUGAACACUUCAGUGGACUCAUACAUAACCAGCUCUCCACGUGGUAA